AUAGACAGAUGUGUUCACGGCCACGAUGGGCGAUGAUUCUUUGAUAUUACGAGAAGAUGGUUAUAUACGUAUGAUCUUUCCUGUUACUUCAUUGACGUAUCACAGUAAUUUAAACAUAAUAAUAGUGACGACUGAUGAAGGCCGUGUACACGUUUUGGAUGUUAACUCUGGUGUGAUUCUUCAAUCCUCUUGUCUAUCAGCGGACGAUGGGGGAAUUUUGGGUGUGGAAUACGCCUCAGGAGCCGACAGGGUUUUCGUCUGGGACAGUAGUGGGAUCGGCGCCAGGACCGACUACAAUGGUGUGUUACUCCUCCACACCGCCUUACAACGACCCCUGUUUUCUUCUCAGCCCGAUAGCCAUGUCAAAAUUGAACUUGUCUUAUCUGAGGCUGUACUCCUCUACCAGUGUGUUCAAAGCCUGGAUGCACAUUCCAUCGAGGGAUUAACAGAUUUUAUAAAAGAACUCAAAAAUGCACUAGACUCAAAACCAGUUAGAAAAGGCGUCAAAGCUCAAAAAUGGAGCACAGUCACAAUGACUCUUUCACAAUCAACUCUACGUCUGGUAAUGUUUGGUGUGGUCCAAGAAUUGAAAGGACUAAGCCGGCGAGUACCAGCACUCGCUAUUGCAUCUGCUGUGGGCCAACGGGCUAAUGAGCUCAUGCCAUGCACAAGAGAUGAAGAGUCUAGGGCCUUGAUGUACUCUGAGGCCGAAAGGAAGGAGACCUUUAAGAGGUGGCCACAUAUGGACUACAAAUGGGCACUACCGGCACGGAUGGCGCAGGCGGGCUUCUACCACCAGCCGUCCCCCAGCGGCGACGACCGCGCCAUGUGCUUCACGUGCAUGGUGUGCCUCGUGUGCUGGGAGAAGUCGGACGAGCCGUGGGUGGAGCACGAGCGACAUUCGCCGAACUGCCCCUUCGUCCGCGGCGAGUACACGCACAACGUGCCGAUAUCGAUCACAAAUGCCACAGCCUGUGCCGUUCCAUGCCCUAACGUCCGUAUUGUCUCGAAAGGAAACACAGGCGAUUUAAUAGCAACGGGAACAGUGGAAGGCAAAGUUAAUGUUUGGAAAUUCGACUGCGGUCUCAAACUUGUCAAGUUCAUUCACCUCUCGCCAUAUGACUCCAUCUUCAGUGGCAUCUUGACCACAGAUUGCAAUAAAGUGUGGUCAGCGAGUUUAGAAAAGGACACUUCCAACUACGGCAUUGAACUUACGGCUAUGGCGUUCGUUGGGAUGACUUCACAACAGGAGGUUUACCCUCAAGCACAAAACACAGAAAGCACGGAGAAAGAGACAACUACCAAUAAAGCUAAGCCAUCUUUAAUAUGUGCAGUCACGAUCACGCGUACAAAUACCACACCCACGAACCAACCUAUCAAGGAGGACUCGAGUAAAGCACUCUUCGAUUCAGGAGCUCCGGAUCGGUCCAAAGAAAGUAUUCAGGCCAUGAAUGACGAGAACGAGGCGAAGAGUAACCUAGCAUCUACAAAUAAAAUGUUAUUCUUGUUGACAUAUGACAUUCACAGCUCCCUAGCUGGCUCAAUAACAACAGUAGUUCACACGUCAAAUAGUAGCGGCAAUUCAAAACCGGGGGGUAGUAAGAAAGUCUGCCUAGUAACAAGAUCAGAUUAUGACGAUCUUUGCCUUCAGUAUUCAGAUGAGGACACAGAGCUUCCAUCACAGUUCACGAACAGCCUAAAAUGUAUAGAUGAACAAAUAAGUAAUAUAAUAAAUUUGAACGCGUCAUCCAGUAAAGAAGAUUGUAAGAUAUGGGAGCCGAAGAAAAUUAAUUUUAAUAAACAUUACAAAGUAUUACCUCCGCCUCCGCCAACAGCCCUCUUACCUGAGAUACCAGAAUCAGGGCAAGCUAGUGUCAAGGACGUCGUAAGCAAAAUUUCACAACUUAAAAGUUGGAAAAGUGGGCAUUUGGAAUCUGUGGGUACCAAAAUCGUUGACCAGACAGAUGCUGUUCAUGGAGAUCCUAUAACUCAAUACCUAAACAUGACUGGAAAUGGACCCUUGGAGAUAUCAGAUUUGAAAUGGUAUGAGGGUGGAGAGGGGACGGAAAAAGUUAAAGUGAUGAAUUUCGGAGAAGUCAAGGUCGGGGCUCAAACGGUCGUUAGUCAUAGUAAUAAUGACGGGUUUGAUAGUGAUCCACCUCAAGAAGAGGCAGUGACGCAGGGAAUAGCUGUUCAGUGCUUAAGUCUUCCAUCCAAAUUGAAUCAAAGAGAAGAUUGUAAAGUUACUCAUCUGCUGCCAACAGAAGAUAAAGAACAUUUAUUAGUAAUCGUAUCCAGUAUCGAUCCCCUUAAAGUCAAAGGCGAAGAGGAAACGGACUGCGAUAGUGAUUCUAAGAUGGACGUUGACGAGGUUUCCGACCAACAAGAUAAGACUGACAAAUCAGACAUUAAAGCUUAUUUUAUUCUUUAUAAAAUCAAUAAUAAGACCUCUAUUUUUACAUUAGAAGAUAAUCCCGUAUCAUUUAAAGAACUGCCCUUCAAUGAAAGUCCUGUUGAUCUUUGUCUCUUGCCGGCUGACAAACAUGAUCAAUAUUCCAUCGCCGUGGUCGGUCUUGACGGUGAUUUGAGACUCUACGGCUUACCUGACUUCAACAUACUCACUGAGAAAAAAGUACCUAAGGGUCAGUUUACGUCAGUCGUAUAUUGUGCUUCCGUUGAACGCCUCAGUCUCUCGACAAAACAUGGCGUUAUUUAUUUUUAUGCAUUAAACAAUGGCGAGAAAGAUUCUGGUAGUGACGGAAACGAAGAUGAGUUAGCAAAUUUAGACUUUGACAUGCUGUCGAAAGCGCCGCGAGACGACGUUUCCGGUCCAGCGUCUCCGCCAGUGAUUAUAGCAAAUAAACCUGAGCUAGAUAUGACUGAUUUGGAAACACUUAUGUCUCUCACAGGAUUUUACGGUAUGAACACUACUGUUCCAUACAGUGCUGUAGUACCAGGGUUCUGGUGUGAGCUGUCACCUGCUCAAAGGUCCCGCUCCGAACAUCAGAACAACAGGUCAUGGCGUCUUCAGAAUACAUCCUCGACGUGGGACGAACACGUCUUAGAAUUGACAUUGCCUUACAGUGUAUCGUUAGCGCACAUUGAAUUCAGCUUCACGCUACAUUCGGCGAGCUCUAUCAACUUGCCAAUAAUACAAGUGACGCUAUUAAAACAAAACUUGCACGGAAUAGGUUACAAAAAGGACGCAUCUUUUGGCCAAAGAUCGGAUUCGCCUGUAUGGUUUCCACCUGUAGACGCAGAUAUGUCUAAUCUCGAGAACCCUAUUAACAGUGAGGAAUAUCUGCAGGCGCAUAACGCUGAGAUUCUUGCAGGGCCACUCUUUCUAUCUUCAGGACUAGAUACGACACAACAGUCUGGUACGUUGAUACUAACAAGUCCUCGUCUGUAUCGAGCGAGAGGAAGAACGUUCUUGAUCCACAUUAAAACUUUAUUUGAUCCUGCUAAAGAUAUGGCUAAGGGUCCUAUAAAAUCAGGUGAAAGUACAUCGAAGAAGUCUAGCUUUAUUGGUUGCGAUUGGCUCCAUCAAAUAUCUAUAACAGUUCGUUCUUGUCCUCAUACUGACAUACCACUGGAGAGGCAGCAGAGGAUAGCGAUGCUAGAGUCUAACAGCUUCUUGAAUUCACUCUGCGAAAUAGCUGUGAGUAAAGCAGAUAUAGAUAAACGAAAAAUUGCCCUGGAUCUCAUUAACUGGGUGAUCUCGAUUCGGCUUCAGCGUAUGCGAUUUGCAAAGUCCGAAAAGGCCAAAGACAAGGAGGUCCAGAGUCCGAUUGAGACUCAGCAGUUGGAAUGUAUAGCUGUCAUCGAGAAACACACGGAUAGUUUAAUCAAAAACUGCAUUUUGUGCGGGAACAGAAGCUUUGCGAAAAAGUGUGUCAAAAUCAUGCUGAUUACGAGCGAGGGAGUGAAGGAGCUACCGAAACCUUGGAAGUCGAUAUUCGAGCAGACGCUAAUGAGCAGCGUCAUAGCUUGCAUCCCGCUCGUGGGCGCGUGCGAGUCUCCGGGCGCGCUCAAGUGGCUCAUGGCGCUCGCGCAGCACUGCACGUCGCGCGCCUUCGCGCCGGGGCUCGUGGCCAACGCCGUGGCGCUGCUGGAGCGCGCCGCGCGCUGUCUGCGCGCCCGCGCCGACCCCUACCACCACCUGCUGCGCGCCAGGUUCGGCCUGUACGGCCUGCCGCUGGAGCUGCGGCGCUUCGGCGCGGAGGUGCCCGAGCUGUGUCGGGGCGCCGGCGCGGCGCACGCUUCGCCGUGGACGUCGGCCGCCGACGCGCCGCCCGGCACCGGCCAGCCCGCGCAGUCCUCACAGCCGCACCACUACCACCUCAAGGAUCUGCUCAAUUUGCCUCCCGAUACAGAGGGCGGCAAGAACGGCGGCGCGUGGAGCGGCGCGGGCGGCGUGGAGGCGGCGGGCGCGGGGCUGGGCGAGGCCACGCCGCUGCACGUGUCGUGCCACCUGGCGUCCGACGGCACCAAGCUGGAGACGGCGGCCGCGCGCCCGCCGCCCGCCGUCGUGGGCGCGCACUCGGCCGACCCGCAUCAGCUCUGGACCGUGGUCAAGGAGGGUCAAAUGAAACAAUUCUCUCAGGACCCAGACUCUUUAGACGACGUCGAGAGUUCUUUGAUGGAGUGUGAUCCACAAGACAAACAAGAAUAUACCGAUGAAAAAUUGUUUAAGGACGGGUCGUCGUGCGCACAGUGCGGCGUGCCGUGGGCCACGCUGGUGACGCGCGCGCCGCAGCACACGCUGGUGGUGGAGCGCAUGCACUCGGGCGCGCGGCGCUACAUCGUGUUCGACUUCGGCCACCUCGUGCGCCUUACCGACCUGAUUAUCCCAAGUUGUUCUGACCUGGUGACGCUGUGCAUCGAUAUUUGGUCGGUGGGCGAAGAAACCGAUUGCGUGAAACUAGCCUUUGCUACUGACAUCGCUACCAAGCACCUCGUGCUCACCGACAUACAGCCGCCGCCGCUCUGCCGCUAUAUGAAGAUAACAACAAUAGGGCGGUAUGGCAUGUCGGCUAUGAAAUGCAAAAUUCCCUUAGGCUGGUUUUACGGAGAAAUUGCGGAAUUUGCUAAUGUGCAAGCAUCCAUCAAUGCGCUCAAGGCGCUCUACGAAGAUUUGUCUUGUCGAUUUAGAUUGGCCACUGGCAAGCUGAUGGAUUUACUUAAUCCAUACUUGGACCUUUAUAACGGUAACGCGGCUCACAUGAUGGCUUACCUCAACCAACCUAAUGAGUCAGAUCCGAAAGUGAUCGCCGCUUACCAGGAAUGCAUGGAACUGCAGCAGCAACUUCACAAUUGCACCAAUAUAUUGAAACGAUUACAGAAUACACCUGAGUUCAACAAUAAAGUUUUGGAGGCAAUCAAAAAGGGGGUCGUUUCGUCAGAAAUGCUAUUAGAAAGGGCCUCGACUGAUAAGCUUCGAGUAAUCAUAGAGAAUAUCAUCGACUUGCUAUUGUACUUCCUUUUCCAAAUGAGUGAUGUGCAAUACGGCGCAGUCAGCGGCGAGUGGUGCCGCGCCGUGGCGCCGCUGGCGUGGGAGAGCGGCGGCGCGUGCGCGGCGGGCACGGCGGCGCUGCUGGCGCGCGUGUGCGGCGCGUGGCGCUGGUGGGGCGCCCUGCUGGCCGACUCGUUGGCCACCGCCUUCGCACACCGGGACUCGCCGCCGCAUCCGCUGGAUAGAUGUCUAGUGGCAGUGAUGUACAUGGCUCGAAAGAGUAUGUAUGCGCACGGCAACAACGGCGGUGGUGUGACACACGCGUUAUGCUCGCGUACGCUGGAGCUGCUGCGUGGGUCGCGACCUCAGCCGGCGCUUUUGGCGGCGCUGCUGACCGCUAUCGCCUCUGUACUAGACGCCGCUGUCGCCGCUACCACGCCACCGCCCACGCAGAGAAAUAACCGGUGGGACUGGGUAGCCGGUGGUAGAGCUCGUCCGACUCCAACAGAUAGCACUACACCUUCGCCUCGUGCCGUUGAAGGCAAACUGCAUAGGCGCAAGUUGCAUAAGAAGCUGCUUCAUCAGAUGCAGGAACUGGAGGCCUCACGCCGAGGAAUUCAAGUAGCGCUUGAGGAACAGCAGCGCGCUCGCCUCAGCCUGAAAGCGCGUAUGGCCAUGAUGUGCAAGCGCAGCAGCGGCCCGGAAGGCAGUUCCGGCGCCGGACCCGGCCUGGCCAGCGCCUGUAACAGUCGGGCGGACGAAGGUGCGCGCCUGCUGAGCCCGGCGUUGGGCGCUGCACUGGCACAUGCACUCGUCACGCACAUGCUGGCCAUGGAUUCCACGCUGCUGGCCGACCAUCUUUUGCUAUGCGCCAAGGUCGUGGGUCGCCUUUGCGCAUUGUGUGGCGGUGCAGCGCUGCUGGAGCCUUCGUGUAUUUUGGGCCUCGCGCGUCUCGCCGUGACACUUCCGCCCUGGCCGCGUCACGCCGUCACCACUCUGUUACAGGAUCUAGUAGAGCACGAGUGCGGCGAGCUGCCGCCCACGCCCAACGAGGAGUGGGGCGGCGCGGGCACGUCGCGCGUCAUCCGCGUCGCGCACGACGACGCCAGCUUCGCGAAGACGCCGCCCAAGCGGCUCAGCUCUGUAGCGGAUGUGUUAGCGGACAGUUUCGGCCUAGCGAAAAGUACAAAUUUUACCAAACCUAAAAUAAAUACCCGAGCUACGCUCGUAGCCUCAAGUUUCUUCGAGGACAUGGAAUGUCAAUUGACUCAAGUAGUAGAAUCUGAUGAUUCCGAAUCCGAGGACAAACUCGCACAAUAUUUCUUCGAAGCUGUCAAAAAGGAGACGAGAUCGAAACCCGUCGCAGACGGGAGCAAUUGUCUAUCGACGUGCGUGGAUGCGCGGCUCGAGAGCGGCGCGGCGGCGGGCGGCGAGGCGUUCGCACAGCGCGUGCUCGUGGCUACGGCCGCCGCGCUGCCGCUGGCGCUGCGUGCGCCGCCAGCGCGCGGCGCGCCCGAACCCGCGGCGCUGCUCGACGCCGCCUCGCCGCCCGAAGCGCACGACGAGGCGCGACACAAUCCGCCUCUGGCGCACACCCUCUACGAUGUCUUCAGGCAUCUCGCGUUGGAAUUCCAUUCUCAGAUCGACUGCACGCUGAUGGAGAACGUAGUGUCGCUGUGGCUGACGCUGAACGGGUCGGCGUGGGGCGGCGCGUGGUCGCUGGGCUCGCUGAUGGUGCCGGCCGACGCGCCGCGGGUGCGCCUCGCCUCCGACACCGUCACGGCGCUGCUGCGCGCGCUCACGCAAUUAGAAAACAUAUCGUUGAGGUGUUGGGUGCUCUCGAUGCAAGCUUUGGCGUGGGUGGCAAGUUUACCAUUACUGACUGAGGGCAGCACUCAAACGAUGGGACGCGUGAUCCUGGAAUGCGAAUAUUUUGUUCCUGCCCUUGUAAAAUUCAUAUCCAUUGACGUCACCGCUGAUGGAGCGGUUAUCUCCUCUGAGCCUUAUCUGGGUGGCGCAAGUAUUGGUGCGGGUGCCGGUGCUGCAGCAGCUUUACAGUCGGUUCUCUCUCGAGUGGUGAAAGCACGAGGCGCAGCCGGAGCCCUCGUAUCGCUCAAAGUCCUUGCAGCGUUGUGGAAACGAGUGCCAAACACUCCGCCCGUAUCACAUUCCGCGCUAGACUUGCACGCUGCACUGCUGCGUGCCGCUCACUCCUUGCUGCCCGCUCUCGCCCCGAAGCACGUCCACCAAGCGCUGCCUCUCAUCGAGGCCGUCGCGGAACAAUGCGGCUGGUGGGUGCGCGAAAGCAGCGGCUGGCGGGCGGAGAGCGGCGGCGGCGGCGGCGGCGCGGCGGGCGGCGAGGCGCGCCUGUCGGGGCUGCUGGCCGACGUGCUGGCCGGCAGCACGCGCCGAGCGCCGCUGCGCCGCGCGCUGCUGCAGCAGCUGCUGCACUACGCGCGCAAGCUGCUAGCCCUACCGCUGCCGACGGCGUCGGCCGCCACGCCUCCUGCUGCCGCCACGCCCUCCACCAGUCAUGCGCCCUCGACCAGCCCCGGCGGUUCAAGUAGCGACAUGUCUCAGACGGAUGAAAGUAAAGCACAGAACAACGCAGCGCAGGCGGAGGGUACCAACUUGGAAGACGAAAGAAAGCAGCAGGUGCCCAAGAUGCCCUGUCUUGCUGAUACAGUAUUACAACACCACGAAAUCAUGCAAAAAUUCUACAGGACAUUAUCAAUGUGCGACGGAAUGAAUACGAUAAUUCUAAACUCAGGUGUGAACGGCGAGUGUAGUUCAGAACAGUGGUCUCUAAAAGAAGAAGUGUUUUGGUUGGUGGCGCAGCUACCAGCAUUUGCUGCUAACCCUGUUCUGAUUCUACCUAGUCUUAUGGACUUCCUUAGAAAAGAAGAGAUGGUAAAGUUAUCCCAAGGCAUGCAGCAGCUCGUUGUGCGCGUGUUGGACAAACCAGAGGUUCUGGCCGCUUUUGUGGACGCGGGAGGCCUGGAGCUCGCACUCGACAAGCUGUCCGCCUGCCACCAGGCCGGGCCGAGCAGCAACCAAGGACUGGUUUCAUCUCUCAUGAAUCAUCUUAAGCUUCCACCUCAACUGAUCAACUUAUCGACUCCCGCUUCAGCCGCUAACAAGAAGUCGCAACCGCCUGUUAUAGAAACUACUGAUGGAUUAAUUAAUAUUGCACCUCUUUGCACGGUGUCGUGCGGCAACCCCACGGCGCAGGCGGCGGACGUGCUGCUGGGCGGCGGCGGCGGCGCGGGCUCGUGCGCGGCGCGGCGCGUGCGCGCGGCCGCCUGGUCCUACCACUUCUUCAGCGCCGACGACGCGUCGCUGGCGCUCACGCUCACGCUGCCCUACGCCGCCACGCUGCACGAGGUGCACCUGCAGCCGCACCUCACCAGCCUCGCCACUUGCCCGGGGGCGGUGGGCGUGGAAGCGGGAUGUGGCGGGACGGUGGCUCCCCUCGGCGCGCCGCAGAGUACGGCCGGCAUGACCUUCAUCCGACUCGCCCUGGCACGGCCGUUGGUCGUGACCACGGUUACUCUGCGCCUAUAUAAGCCACGUGACAGUUCAAACAUGGGUCUAUUGCAGCUGCGAUUACUUGCUGCUCCCGCCUUCACCACACCCACGGAUACGCACCUCGCUGCGCAGGAUAAUCUCGAAAACCGUUGGGCUCGUGUCGUGUGGGCGUGUACGCGCGCCCGCCUGGAGAGCUCCCGCUGGGCGGCACUGGGCAGUGCGGGCGCCGUGAGCGCACUCUGUGCCUGCGUGCUGGCCGGGGGCGCCCAGGCGCAGCAUGCGCAUCGCGCACUGCUUGCCUCCGCACGCGCCUCGCCUGCUCUGCGCGCACCGCUUCUCACCACUCUACUGCAAAUGGAUUCGCACGCACACGCGCAUGCGUUCCAAUCUUCGAGCGCAGCUGCGGGCGGCGUCGGCGGCGGAAGCCUCGGCGGGGUGUGCGCGCUCGCCGUGGCGCUGUGUCGCUGGUGCGCGGCGGGCUGCGUGCACGCGUACGUGCAGUGGCUGGCCGAGGCCGCCGAGCGCGCGCUGCGGGACAGCAACCCGCCCUCCGCCGCGCUCGUGCACACGCUCGCCACGGUACUAUGGACAGCGAAAGAAGAGAGACUUUUAGAUGAUCUGGAAGAACUUAUAACAGACGAUUUAUUCGAACUCGUGUAUACAUGGGUUAAGGACGUACCAGAACUGAAUUUGCUUAAGAAAUCAUUAGACGCAGUCUUAUGCUCAAUGUGCUAUAUAAGGCCUGAAUUGUUCCGGCUUUUGUUAGAACAAAUGGAAAUUCCGAUGGAUUCAGACGAGAGCAUGGAGAGCCAGACCGACGACACGAAGGUGCGGCGGCCGGCGCCGGCGCGCACGGCGGUGGGCGCGGCGCGGCUGCGCGGCUGGCAGCUGCGCACCGUGGCCGCCGCCGCCAUGUCGCCCGCCGCCACGCUGGCGCUGCUCAACUGCCCGCUGCCGGCCGCGCUCAUGCGCGCCGUCACCGAAUUCAGUGAAGCUAAAUUAGAAUCGAUAAUGGCGCAGAGCGAGUCUCAGGAGGAUGUUAACAUGAUAGAUCCAGGUAGCAGUGAAGAUAGUCGAUUGAAAGAUUUGCCGUCGAUGCAGAGUAUCUGCGAGGUGGUAGAAUGGGCGCGGCUGGUGUGUUCGGAACGGCGCGUCAAAGAGUGGCUCGGUGGUGCCGGCUCAGUAUUCUGGCGCCCACUGCUGAGGCUGCUGUGUCAUCCGCGAUCGUACACUGGGACUUGGCAAGAGAAUGCACAAUAUGCAUUGCUAGAAGAGAAUACGAUACGGUUGUUCUCCGAGCUAACGGUGUGCCACACGGCCAAUCAAAAGCUUUUCGCUUCCACCCUACACAGUAUUUUGGAAUCCAUGCACUGUACCGGUCCGGAAGGUCUAUCAGGCUUCACGCGCGCCCUGAUCCUACGGCUGGUGCUGUCGGGCGAGCGCGCCACGGUGGCGCUGCGCUGGGCGGGCGGCGCGGGAGCGCCCACACAGGCGGGCGCGCCCGCGCACCCGGGCGCCGCCGCGCACGCCACGCUGCACCUGCCGCUGCACACCACCGUGCGCGCGCUGCUACUCGACCACCGCCCGCCCGUGCCCCUAUUGGAGGAGGUCCACCGGCUGGCCAGCAGCGCCGCAAACGCAUCGAGCGCGUGUGGCGCUGGUGCAGUUUUACGCAGUGCGUCCGACACGGCCAUCCUCACCGUAGCCGAGGCUUGGGAGCUCUCCCUUGCCGCCGCCAGCGCAUCCAAGGACAAGCGCGUCAAAGAUGUUAAGAACAUCACGCUCAAACAACAAACUAAUAAAAAAAAGCAGACAAAAGCGAAUAAUGAGAGCAACCCCGUCUCUGUCAGCGGAGAUUUAAUGGAAUCGACGGUCCGCGUCCAAGUUGAUGGGCUGGAGGGCUAUAUUCCCACGAACACGACACUGGCUCAGCUUACCGCUGCCGUGCCGCACGUCUUCGGGCCGCACCUCACGCUCAACUUACACAUAGCCAGUAAUGGAGAUACUUGGACGGGCCCGAUGUGGGAGGGCGGCGGAAGCAGCGACGGGCCCCCGAGCAGCUGCGCGGGCGGCGUGGUGCUGCGCGAGUUCGGCGCGAGCGGCGGGCUGGCGCUGGUGGCGGCGCGCCUGCCGCGCCCGCACGUGGCGCCCGCGCCGCCGCCCGCGCCCGCGCACCACCACGACCUCGACUGGGUGAAGCUGGACGACCCCUACGAGGAGAUGGUAGAAUUGGGUGUGACAUCGGCCGGGAACGCUACCACUGGCAACGCCACUGAAGAAACCAGUGGGUGUGCUGGUGUGCCGGCACAUGCACUCGUGGCAUUGGCAUUGCUACUGAAGCUGCCCGGGUACGCAGCCGCUUUGCUGGACGAAGGCGCUCAAGCAGUGCAUCUGCUGAGACUGCUCCUCGGUGUCGCACAUGAUGAGGAAGGCCGAAACAUAGUGGUGAGCGGCAACAGCAGCGGCAACGGCGGCAACGGCGCUUCGCUGGGAACACUGCCGUUCCGCGUGGUGGCGCAGCUGCUGGAGGCGGCGCCGCUGUCGUCGCCGGCGGGCCGCGCGCUGCGCGUGGCGCUGCUGCAGCUGGGCGCCGUGCGCCUCGUGCUGGCCUGCCUCGCCGUCUUCACGCACCACCGCCCCGCCAGUGCCCAGAACAGUCAAAACUCAAACGGUUCUGGCGGCAAGGAGGAGAAGUCGCAGCUGUACUGGGCCAAGGGAACGGGCUUCGGUACGGGCUCCACGCAGCAGUCGUGGAACGUGGAGCAGGCGCUCGUACGGCAGCGCAUCGAGGAGGAGCACGUCACGGUGCUCUUGCAGGUACUAGUUUCAUACAUGAACCCUUGUGAGAAAUGGCCCCCCGAAGAGGGUUCUCAAGAGGAGGAGGACAUCGAGGAGAGCGAUGAAAGCGAGGCUCACGAAUUGCCGUCGGAGUUUAUCGACCUCGUGGCUGCCAGCUCGCUCGUGCCCGCUAUCUGCUCCUACCUUCGGAACGAUUCAGUGUUGGACAUGUCGCGUCACAUCCCGCUGUACGUGUGCGUGCUGCGCGCCGUGCGGGCGCUGCGGGCGCUGCGCUGCCGCCGCCUGGCGCCCGCGCUGCGAGCCCUGCCGCGCCUGCUGGCCAGCAUGAGCCGCACCACCAACUCCUACGCGACCAAGCUAAGAAUGAGUAAAAAGAAUAUAUUCGGAAAGAUGACCUACAGCCAAAGAUUUAGCACUUCGAGUAAUUCAGAACUGUCGGAAGAGGACGAGGGUCUCGCGUUGCUCAUUGCCGAUAUACAGGCGACGUCGGCGCUGAUGUGCCGCUCGGAGGGCGAGGCGGAGAGCCUGGGCGCGCGACCGCUGCGCGGCGCCACGCGCGAGGCGCGCUACAUCGAGCUCAUGCGCACCAUGCAAUUCGAGACGUUCGAGAUGAUGGCGGAGUGCCCCGAGGGCGGCUUCCGGUUCACGGUGCCGUACCACUUCGAGGGCACGGUGCGCGCGGCGGGCGAGCGCGCGCACCCGGCGCGCAUGAAGCGCCUCGCGCAGGAGGCCGCCACGCUCGCCACCAGCCUGCCGCUCUCCUACUCCUCGUCCGUCUUCGUGCGCACCGACACCGACCGCCUCGACGUCAUGAAGGUGCUGAUCACCGGUCCAUCGGACACGCCGUACGCCAACGGCUGCUUCAUCCUCGACGUGUACUUCCCGGCGGAGUACCCCGCGGUGCCGAUGCUCAUCAACCUGGAGACCACGGGCCGACACUCCGUGCGCUUCAACCCGAACCUGUACAACGACGGCAAGGUGUGCCUCUCCGUGCUCAACACGUGGCACGGUCGGCCGGAGGAGAAAUGGAAUGCACACACUUCUAGCUUUCUACAGGUACUAGUAUCGAUUCAAUCCCUCAUCCUGGUACCGGAGCCCUAUUUCAACGAGCCGGGCUACGAGCGCAGUCGCGGCACGCGCGCCGGCAACAGCGCCAGUCUCGAGUACAACUCCAACAUCUACCAGGCCUGUGUGCGCUGGGCCAUGCUUGACCAUCUGCGUUCACCGGAACCCUGCUUUAAAGAAGUAAUCCAAACGCAUUUUUGGAUGAAACGAAACGAGAUAAUGCAGACCGUGGCUAACUGGAUCACUGAACUGGAGGGACAGACUGGUGACGAGCGCACACAGCGCAGCAUACAGCUCAAUCUAAUGGCGCUUAAGCGUCACUACAUGAAGCUGCAAGAAGAAUUGUCGAGGUUGCCCGUGCCGCCCGGCCUCGAGGAGCUGGACGAGCCCUUCCAGCUGCCCGCCGCGCCCGCCUCCCCGCCGCCCGCCGCCCCCGCGCCCGCGGCCCCCGCACCCGCCGCCCCCGCGCCCGCGCCGCCCUCCCCGCCCGCGCAGCCCUCCUCCGACGAGAUAGACCACGACAUGGAGAAGAUAGUCUCGCAGGUCCUCGAUUGAACCGAUGGAGCACCUCGGGCCUCUCCCUAGUUUAUACGAUUACUAUGUGUAACCUUGUACAAAUAGCUCUGAGUGGACACCGCGCGUCCGGACUACGGGAUGCCUACGUUGCGUGCGGACGACAACGCAUUUAACCUAGUUUAGACUUUCGAUGUCGAACUUACUUUAUUGACCCAUUUGUUACUCCGCUCGACGUAUGUCGCGUCGUUUGAUUUGUUUGUAACGGAAUUUCAGUUUUCUAUAAAUAUUUUUUUAGAUGUAUUACAUAGAAUUUAGUGGGACCUUUGUUUAGUUUAACAUAUUGUGAUACUAUAACGGGCUCACGACCCUGUAAGGUAUAUAAGGUGAAUAUUUCCGGCCUCGCGGCUUAACACGCGCAUUGUACAGUGGAUGAGGUUGUCUACGGCACGCAGCGUGACGUCUCGCUGGAAGUUUCGAAAGCGAACAUAGUUUGGUAGGAAACUUUCCUUAAUACGGGAUGAUGCUUAUUGUGAGUGCACUAAUAUAUAAUUACAUAUAUAUAGUGUCGAGUUAAUCGUGCUGCCUGCACACAUCUGUGUUACCUCUUAAGUGUAAACCAGCAUUGUAUUCAGACAUUACAACUCUGACCUCACGUCUGGACGUGUGUGGUUUCGCCUAAGUGGCGAUGUCUAUCUGUAUGUAUAUUAAAUUAUAAUUUGAUGUAUAUAAAAACUUUUAUUGCGUUUUAAUUUUUGUAUUUAAGAAUAUAUACGUAUCGCGAUAUACUCUAACGUGGGCGAUGCAGCCUACAUAACGAAGCUAUUGAGCGGAAUUAUUGUACAGGCCUAGCCGAAACGUUCACAUCAUUUUACUUGAUAUUUAUUUAGUAAAUGAGUUCUGACAAUAAAGUUUUAUUUUAUUGACGUGGUGCUGUACGCACACUUGCGGUCAGUCAGACAGACGACGGACGAAAUUGCGAGGUGUGAUUGUAUAUAUGAAUCAUCAGUUCACCACAUUGUCUCACUAUAUUCUAAUCGUCAGGUAAGUUGAGUAGGAAGUUUACUUGUUAUAUAAUAUUUGACUGUGAAAUUCGGGAUGUAAA